UUCCCCGUUAUCUUAGACCUUCCUCUAAACUUAAAGCACCAGUUUUGUUAUUUUCUCUGUAUAUUGACAGUCUACUCGUGGUUCGCCAAGCUGAUGGAUGAAACUGCGUCGUAUCCUCCUAUUGAACCAUCCAAUUUCGAUCUUAUAGUGGUCGGCACCGGUCUGCCGGAGUCCAUACUAGCCGCCGCCGCCGCCGCCGCCGGAAAAUCAGUCCUUCACCUCGACCCUAACCCUUCAUACGGUAGCCACUAUGCUUCUUUUCCCCUUCACGAAUUCAUUUCAUAUAUCCAAUCUCAAUCCUCCUCCGAACCCUCAAUUCCACAACCCGACGCCGAUUCGGGUUUUACCCGAGUUCCUCUAACCACCCGCUCGCUCUACUCCUCCGUAGAAAUCACCUCUUACUCCUCGGAACCCUUGGAACAAUCUCGAAAGUUUAACAUUGAUUUGAGUGGGCCCAGGGUUUUGUUGUGUGCUGAUGCUAUGAUUAAUUUAAUUUUGAAAUCGGAGGUGAAUCAGUACAUGGAGUUCAAGAGCAUUGACGGGAAUUUUUUCUAUGAUGGUGAGGGCAAUUUGGAGAAUGUACCUGAUUCGCGUAGCGCGAUAUUUAAGGACCGGAAACUAAGCUUUACAGAGAAGAAUCAGUUGAUGGGAUUCUUCAAGCUGGUGCAAGGGCAUUUUGAAGCUUUUGCUACUGAUGGUGGGGAGAGUAAGAGCAUUUCAGAGGAGGAUUUAGACAGUCCGUUUGUGGAGUUUUUAAGCAAAAUGGGGCUUUCUUCUAAGCUAAAAUCGAUUAUUCUGUAUGCAAUAACAAUGGCAGAUUAUGACCAAGAGAAUGGGGAUGUUUGCAAAAGUGUUCUUAAUACAAAAGAUGGUAUUGAUCGGUUGGCCCUUUAUCACUCAUCCGUUGGCAGGUUUCCUAAUGCAUCUGGUGCUAUGAUUUACCCCAUUUAUGGUCAAGGGGAACUUCCACAGGCCUUUUGUCGUCGUGCUGCAGUAAAAGGAUGCAUUUAUGUUCUUCGGAUGCCUGUUAAUUCUCUCCUCAUGGACAAGGCUACUGGGAAUUACAAAGGUGUUCGCUUGGCUUCGGAACAAGAAUUAUUCAGCCAUAAGCUGAUAUUAGCUCCAUCUUUUGUGUUUCAAUUACCACCACCUCAUGCUUCACCUGAUGCUCUGCAAAUUGUUUAUUGUGAUUUUGGCUCAAACAAUACAACUGAGAAGCUGGCUAGGAGCGUAUGCAUCACAAAGCACUCUUUGAAAUUGGAUGUAGCCAAUUGUUUGGCAUUUUUUCCACCUCGGUCUCUCUUCCCUGAGCAGGUCACAGCAAUCCAUGUCCUUCAGCUGAGUAGCAAUGUUGCUGUUUGCCCCUCUGGAAUGUUUUUGACUUAUCUCUCAGCCAUAUGUGAGGAUGAUGUUCAGGGGAAGAAGCUAUUACAUGCAGCCAUCAACGCACUGUUUUGCAUUCCUGUUUCUGGAAGUUCUGAAAAUGAUAAUUCUGCGGAGAACCAAAGUGAAACUAGAGAUGCAAAACCUGCUUUACUUUGGAGUGUCUUGUAUACUCAAGAGCUUGCUAAGUUUCAGGAUGUACUAGAUAACAUCAUUUCUACCCCCAUGCCAGAUGGGAGUCCAUACUACCACGAUCUUCUGGGUGCUACAGAAAAGAUAUUUGAAGAGCUUUACUCUGGUGAAGAAUUCUUUCCCAAGACAGCCUCAUCGGAGGAGGGUGCUGUCGAAGAGCUCGAGGACUAGAGACCAAAUUAAUGCUGCUGGAUAUGCUAUCAUUUUAAGCUGACCGAGGGGUGGCGGAAUAAUAUAGUUUGCAUCGACAAUGAUGACGAGAAUAUAGUUGACGUGGUUUAUGCCCCUAUAUACCAAUGUUAAUGUGUUUAUGCGAAAUACUUUGUUGUUGUAUAGAGGUUUGGGACGAGACUUGGUAGUGUUAAAGAGUUUGCCUACUUUUGCAAUUAUUUUUUGCGGUGGUUGAUCUGAGA